AUGAUUAGAUCUAUCUAUCUAUCUAUCUAUCUAUCUAUCUAUUCAGCCAUUAUAGUUACUUUAUUGUCUUUAUACCCAUUUGUCCAUCUAUAUCUGUUCAUCCCAAUUCUGUUCAGACAUAUCUUAGUAAUUUUUCUCUCUCGCACUCCUCUCUAUUUCUAUCUAUCUAUCUAUCUAUCUAUCUAUCUAUCUAUCUAUCUAUCUAUCGUUUCGCUUGUAUCUAUCUUUUCUAUCUCUCUCUCUCUCUCUCUCUCUAUCUAUCUAUCUAUCUAUGGUUUUCGGUUUCUAUCUAUCUCUCUAUCUAUCUAUAGUUUUUGCUUUGUAUCUGUCUGUCUAUCUAUCGAACUGUCUAUCUAUGAUUUCCAGUUUCUAUCUCUCUCUCUCUCUAUCUAUCUAUCUAUCUAUGGUUUUCGGUUUCUAUCUAUCUCUCUAUCUAUCUAUAGUUUUUGCUUUGUAUCUGUCUGUCUAUCUAUCGAACUGUCUAUCUAUGAUUUCCGGUUUCUAUCUAUCUAUCUAUCUAUCUAUCUAUCUAUCUAUCUAUGCUUUUCGGUUUCUAUCUAUCUAUCUAUCUAUCGUUUUCGCUUUGUAUCUGUCUCUCUAUCUAUCGAACUAUCUAUCUAUGAUUUCCAGUUUCUAUCUAUCUAUCUAUCUAUCUAUCUAUCUAUCUAUGAUUUUAGGUUUCUAUCUAUCUAUCUAUCUAUCUAUCUAUCUAUCUAUCUAUCUAUCUAUCUAUCUAUCUAUCUAUCUGUGAUUUCUAUCUAUCUAUCUAUCUAUCUAUCUAUCUAUCUAUCUAUCUAUUUAUGUGUUCUCCACUCGUAUAUAGUUUGGUUGACAUGUGAAGAUGCAUUAGCAUAUAUUAACACUUAUCAUCUGUCACUCUGUUUAUCUAUCUAUCUAUCUAUCUAUCUAUCUAUCUAUCUAUCUAUCUAUCUAUCUAUCUAUCUAUCUACAUAUGCUAAUAUCUAUUUGUGUAAUCUAUCUAUCUAUCUAUCUAUCUAUCUAUCUAUCUAUCUAUCUAGCUCGCUAGCUACUAGCUAUAUCUAUCUAUCUAUCUAUCUAUCUAUCUAUCUAUCUAUCUAUCUAUCUAUCUAUCUAUCUAUCUCGAUAGCUAAAAGAAACGUUGCGAAUUCAUUCAUUCUUUCUUUAUAUCUAUCUAUCUAUCUAUCUAUCUAUCUAUCUAUCUAUUCAGCCAUUAUAGUUACUUUAUUGUCUUUAAACCCAUUUGUCCAUCUAUAUCUGUUCAUCCCAAUUCUGUUCAGACAUAUCUUAGUAAUUUUUCUCUCUCGCACUCCUCUCUAUUUCUAUCUAUCUAUCUAUCUAUCUAUCUAUCUAUCUAUCUAUCUAUCUAUCUAUCUAUCUAUCUAUCUAUUCAGACAUUAUAGUUACUUUAUUGUCUUUAUACCCAUUUGUCCAUCUAUAUCUGUUCAUCCCAAUUCUGUUCAGACAUAUCUUAGUAAUUUUUCUCUCUCGCACUCCUCUCUAUUUCUAUCUAUCUAUCUAUCUAUCUAUCUAUCUAUCUAUCUAUCUAUCUAUCUAUCAAUUUUCAAUACAUUGGAACCUUAUUUUCUUUCCUUUUGA